GGCGGCGGCGGCGGCGGGCGCUGAAUGAGAGACGCCGACUGCUCGGGUCGCCGGGCGCUAGCCUAGGCGGCGGCGGCGACGGCGGCGACAACGAAGACUGAAGCCGGCGUUGUCUUUCCAUCCUUCGAGGCGACUGCCGCAGCUGCACAGGACUAAUAAUGUAUUUGUGGCCUUGGACGUGAAGCCAUCUAUCUUCUGUUGCUGUUAACAUAGCGUCAAGGACUGAUGUUGUGGGAAGCAUGGACCUAAUGAACGGGCAGGCAAGCAGUGUUAAUAUUGCUGCUCCUGCUUCCGAGAAAAGUAGCAGUUCUGAAUCAUUAAGUGACAAAGGUUCCGAACUGAAGAAAAGCUUUGAUGCGGUGGUGUUUGAUGUUCUUAAGGUUACACCAGAAGAAUAUGCGGGUCAGAUAACACUAAUGGAUGUUCCAGUAUUUAAAGCCAUUCAACCAGAUGAGCUUUCAAGUUGUGGAUGGAAUAAAAAAGAAAAAUAUAGUUCUGCACCAAAUGCCGUUGCCUUCACAAGAAGAUUUAAUCAUGUAAGCUUUUGGGUUGUUAGAGAAAUUCUUCACGCUCAGACAUUAAAAAUUAGAGCAGAAGUUUUGAGCCACUAUAUUAAAACCGCUAAGAAACUGUAUGAGCUGAAUAACCUUCAUGCACUUAUGGCAGUGGUUUCUGGCUUACAGAGUGCCCCAAUCUUCAGGUUGACUAAAACAUGGGCGUUACUAAGUCGAAAAGACAAAACUACGUUUGAAAAAUUAGAAUAUGUAAUGAGUAAAGAAGAUAAUUACAAAAGACUAAGAGACUAUAUAAGUAGCUUAAAGAUGACGCCUUGCAUUCCCUAUUUAGGUAUCUAUUUGUCAGAUUUAACGUACAUUGAUUCAGCAUACCCAUCCACUGGCAGCAUUCUAGAAAAUGAACAAAGAUCAAAUUUGAUGAAUAACAUCCUUCGAAUAAUUUCUGAUUUACAGCAGUCCUGUGAAUAUGAUAUCCCCAUGUUGCCUCAUGUCCAAAAAUAUCUGAACUCUGUUCAGUAUAUAGAAGAACUACAGAAGUUUGUGGAAGAUGAUAAUUACAAGCUUUCGUUAAAGAUAGAACCAGGGACAAGCACACCACGCUCUGCUGCUUCAAGAGAAGAUUUAGUAGGUCCUGAAGUAGGAGCAUCUCCACAAAGUGGAAGAAAAAGUGUGGCAGCUGAAGGAGCCCUGCUACCACAGACGCCGCCGUCCCCUCGGAACUUGAUUCCACAUGGACACAGGAAGUGCCAUAGCUUGGGCUAUAAUUUCAUUCAUAAAAUGAACACAGCCGAGUUUAAGAGUGCAACGUUCCCAAAUGCAGGGCCAAGGCAUCUAUUAGACGACAGCGUCAUGGAGCCCCAUGCACCAUCUCGAGGCCAAGCUGAAAGUUCUACUCUUUCUAGUGGAAUAUCAAUAGGUAGCAGUGAUGGUUCUGAACUAAGUGAAGAGACCUCAUGGCCUGCUUUUGAAAGUUCUGCAGAAUCAGAAGAUUUGGCAGUACAUUUAUAUCCAGGAGCUGUCACUAUUCAAGGUGUUCUCAGGAGAAAAACUUUGUUAAAAGAAGGCAAAAAGCCUACAGUGGCAUCAUGGACAAAGUAUUGGGCAGCUUUGUGUGGGACACAGCUUUUUUACUAUGCUGCCAAAUCUCUAAAAGCUACAGAAAGAAAGCAUUUCAAAUCAACAUCAAAUAAGAACGUAUCUGUGGUAGGAUGGAUGGUGAUGAUGGCUGAUGACCCAGAACACCCAGAUCUCUUCUUGCUGACUGACUCUGAGAAAGGAAACUCAUACAAGUUUCAAGCUGGCAACAGAAUGAACGCGAUGCUGUGGUUCAAGCAUUUGAGCGCAGCUUGCCAAAGCAACAAGCAGCAGGUUCCUACAAACUUGAUGACUUUUGAGUAGAAGCCUAAGAAAGAAGCAAGGUGAACUGUCACCCCUAAGAGUGAGGAGGUGACGCGAGCGCCAGCUAUGAGCCAGUUCUGGGCCACAAGGAGCCCAGAGGCUGCGUCUCAAGCCUUUGGAGUUCUGAACCAAAAAAGCACUAAUUUCAGGGAAUGAAGUGAGAUAUUCCCAGAGAACACAUUGGAGUCACUAAACAAACUGCCAUGGACCGCGCUGCUUUUCUCUGAACUGACCUGCGGAAACCACUGCCUUAAACGAACGAAAGGAAAACCAACAUGAAGCACCAAAUAGUGUGUGUGCGUCUUCUGGCGGUGCUGUGCUUGGAAUAGAUCGGAGCCCAUUUGCGUUUCUUUUAACUUUGUACUAAUUUUGGAGGGGGGAAUCUCCUUUUUUUAGACACACUUUAAAAAGGAAAACAUCUUUCUUAUGAGUUAUAUGAGGGGCUGGUUUAGUAAGGAGGUGUGAAGAUGCUCCGCCUGCCCCGGGGGGCUUCUCAGCUCCCGGUCAUCUGUAGCCUCCCCGGCUCUCCCACGGCAAGAGUUUCGGGAUUAGACAUGUUCAUAAUGUGAGUUGUUGGGGUUCGUUUGGGAUUGGGGGCGGGGGUUUUGAAUGAGGGGAGAUUUUUCUUAAACACUAAACUUCGGAAAUUGAGUUCUGGGUGGGGAGCGUCAUUUCCUGCAGGAGGCAUGAAGGCUGAGCGCUCCUAUUCCAGACACUCUUUUCAACUGGGCUCCAGAAAGCAUGGUUGUUUUUAACUGGGUUUAAAAUUUAGCCCUCUAUAUGAAUUCAUUGUUGGACCACAGAUCUGCUUAGGAAAGAACCGUAAUCCCAACCUAAACUUUUCUGAGAUUUUACAGUAAUUACAUUUUUUUUUCGAGUGAAUUGAAUUAUCCCUUCUACCAGUCACUGGUGACUUUUGUCGUCAAG